AUGGACACAGACCUCCUUCGCGCCUGGCAACUGAUUCACGAACUGAGCGAACAAAAUGCGUACAAUCAGAAGGUAUCUACUUCGCUCAAGGCUCAGGCGCGCCAGCUUCAAGAUCAGGCUGCACACAGCUAUUCGGGCUUCUCACUGAGGAGAUUCAAUACCGACAUUACGAGAGAGGUAUUUGAAUCCGAGCUCGAACGCGACAACGCGCAGGUCGUCAUCGAAAACCAAAAGCUACAUCACGAGAACAAACAGCUGAACCAACUUCUCAAAGAGUACGAGCAAACCAUGGAGACCGUCAUGAACAAAUUCCGGAGCCACGCCGCCGCAGCACAACAGCACGAGCACACCCUCACGCGCCAUUACGAAACUUUGCUCGUGUCGAAGGAAGGCCAGCCGCUGCCAAACGAACUGGCAUCGAACAUCGGCGCCGCGAUGGCCCUGCAACGGCUCGCGCAUCACCUCCGCAGCCUGCUUCAAAGCAUGGGACGCGACCCCUCCGAUCCCUCAUCCUCCGCGGAGUCCGCGGACCCGGACAGUCCGCCAUUGGAGCCCAUGGGUGAUUGGGCGGUCGAGCGCGAGGCCGAGAUCGCGCGCCUCAGCGAGGAGAACGAGGAGUUACGAAAGGAGCUCGGUAUCGACCAAGGCAACGCCGAGCGCCUCGGCUGGCUCGCGUCCGAGCCCGCCGACGCCCUACGCUACACGCAUCUCUUCCGCAACGAGCUACGCGCCGCGAAAGGUGGCUGCGGUAGCGGUUUCGCGGGGCCGGGGAGCAGCUUUGGCGGGCUUGGCAUGGCGAGCGGCGGCUGGCCGGACGGCGGUGUUGGCGUGCGCCUGGCGGGGCAUGGCGGGCCCGGGAGCGGCGUCGUCGUCACGUCCGUGGGCAUGAACCACCCGGGCAUGAACCCGAACCAGGGCAUGGGCGGCGGGGGCAUGCCUCCUCAGCACUUCACCCUCUUCCAGCAGCACCAGCAGCAGCUGCGCGAACAGCAGCAGCAGCAGCAGCAACAGCAGCAGCAGCAGCAGCAGCAACAAGGCGCGCCGCUGCACCUUCAGCCGAAUCCAAACAUGUUCGAACGCGCGCCCCCGCCCGAGCACCGACCGGCGCCCCCACCGAUACCGAUCAUCCAGCGGAGCAACGCGGAUCUGCACGCGCAGCGGGGCGCCGCGCCUGGUCCUGGCGCGAGGCGACCGGCGAUGUUUGGACAGCGCGGACGGGGCGCGGGGCCGGGGUACUGGGGCCCACCAGAGCGGACGGCGGGGUGGCCGUUGCAACCCGGCCCUGGGGGCGCAGCGCCCGGCCUGGAGUUCAAUCGCUAGCGCGUCCCACUGUACCCUUGUUCGUCAUUCAUGUUUUGUAUUUAUGCUCUCUUUUUGCAACACUGGAUGGAGUUACGAUCGGAUGUAUGCAUGUGCCCAGGGGAUGGAUGGAAUACUAUUUACAAUGCG